AGAGCAGUACCGCAAACAAAAUAUUUCAAAUUCUAAAAGCAGUCGGUCGAACUGCAGUGAAGUGGAAUCGGAGCUGAAACACCCAAAGAGCGAGAAAGACUGUGGCCCGCCACUGCGUUAAGAGGAUACCGGUGUAGUUUUGUCAAACACAUCUUAUUAGGCGAUUUCUGAAGCUGAGCCUGGGAAGCACUCUUUCCUUUUCACUUUUUGGAGCGCAGUGAGCAGAUUUAAUGAAUGCUGUGGUGUAUGUUGCCUAGAUAUUAUAAGUUAAAUGGUAUUUUUGGAGACCUUAGCAUUGAGAAAAUAAAUAUUGGAGCACCUGACCAGUCGCACAUCGAACAAAAAAAAACAAUACAUGAGAGGACUGUUAUGAAGAGGGAUUGAAAAAGGACGACGCAAAAGGCUGUCAACGCUUUGAAGUUGGCGAGACCCGACAUCAAUCUCUGGCCGAAUUUCAAUAGGCCCACUGAAUUAAUUAUUGGAUACUGCGGACGGAACCUCUAAUGUUCGUUUUAUGUACAUGGCUAUUAUAAAAACCAAGCUAAACGCAGUCCUCUGGAAAGUCCAUUCACCGGAAUAUAUAGCGGUGUAAUACAGAAGGAAAUAGACUACUACGGAUCAACAUUAUACAAAAAAUAUUUCCGAAGAGACGUUUGAAUUUCCUCUGAAAUGGACUGACAUCGAUUAAAACCAAACAUAUCUCAAUAAGAUAAUGACCGGCAAUUUAGAGGCUGUGUUAUAAAACAAAUGAACAUUUACUUAAACACUUUAUUGGGACUUCAUAUUUGAGAAAAUGCACAACGAUAAGUAACUGUUGGUUGUUCGUGUGGGCAAGAUUUAUUCCGAAAGUGGCGUGAUAUCCUCUCUUGUGAGAAUUGAGUAUCCCUAAUCCUGUACCGGAGGCAUCUCGUGGUAACACGGUAACUGCGGGAAGGCAGGAGUGCAGUUUGGAGGUAUCAGCAAAUAAACGCACAGAAAAAUGUGGCUGCGAAUUCUUCCCCAGGUGCUGACCAUCUGGGCUGUGGUGAUCUCUGGGACAACGGCUGACCUGACCUGUGAUACACUGCUCCUGCUGUCCACCAAUCUCACUGCACGUACGUUGGCACUGUGGAAUCUGACCCUCACGCCCAGCAAUGUCACUGCCGGCCUGUUCUGUAACAUGUCCAUCGAUCCAAUCGGUACCUGCUGGCCCAAGAGCACUGCAGGGGAGUGGGUGUCACGGCCAUGUCCAGAGAUGUUCUAUGGUGUCAAAUACAACACCACCAACAAUGUGUACAGAGAAUGCCUUUCCAAUGGGUCCUGGGCCGUGAAAGGCAACUACACCCAGUGUCAAGAGAUUCUCAAUGAGAAAAAGAGCAAGCUGCACUACCACAUAGCCGUGAUCAUAAACUACAUGGGACAUUGUAUCUCUCUGGCAGCCCUGCUGGUGGCCUUCAUCCUCUUUAUGAGGCUGAGGAGUAUCCGCUGCUUGAGGAACAUCAUCCACUGGAACCUGAUCACAGCUUUCAUCCUGAGGAACGCCACUUGGUUCGUCGUACAGCUCACCAUGAACCCUGAGGUGCACGAGAGCAAUGUGUUGUGGUGCCGGCUGGUCACGGCAGCCUAUAACUAUUUCCACGUGACAAACUUCUUCUGGAUGUUUGGGGAGGGCUGCUACCUGCAUACAGCCAUCGUGCUCACCUACUCCACGGACAAGCUACGGAAGUGGAUGUUCAUCUGCAUCGGGUGGUGUAUCCCUCUUCCAAUCAUCAUCGCAUGGGCCAUUGGCAAGCUUUACUACGACAACGAAAAGUGCUGGUUUGGGAAGAAGGCAGGAGUGUACACAGAUUACAUCUACCAGGGCCCAAUGAUCCUGGUGUUGCUGAUCAACUUUAUAUUCCUUUUCAACAUUGUGAGAAUCCUAAUGACUAAGCUGAGAGCCUCCACAACCUCAGAGACAAUACAGUACAGGAAAGCGGUGAAGGCCACUCUGGUGCUGCUGCCUCUCCUGGGCAUCACCUACAUGCUAUUUUUCGUCAACCCGGGAGGGGAGGAUGAGGUCGCCCAAAUAGUCUUCAUCUACUUCAACUCCAUCCUGGAGUCUUUUCAGGGCUUUUUCGUGUCAGUGUUUUAUUGCUUCCUGAACAGCGAGGUGCGUUCUGCGGUUAGGAAGAGAUGGCACCGCUGGCAGGACAAGCAUUCAAUCAGGGCUCGGGUGGCACGCGCCAUGUCCAUCCCCACGUCACCCACGCGGGUCAGCUUCCACAGCAUCAAGCAGUCCUCGGCUGUUUGAGGACCAGCAACACUCUGCUUUGGCUGAACGCCCCCAUCUAACCUCUCACCGCCAACCACCCCUCCAACAUGUCCCCCACAGAGCACUGCUUUCCCCUCUUCUCUCCAAACCAACCGAGGGAAACAGCUACCGUGAUGGUUCACACAGGGUACACUUGGUCUGUAAACACAGACCUCACAUACCCCCUCCCAGGGUGCGGUGACCUCUGUAGUCUCUCGCCUGCUAAUACAUUGAGGUACGUUCGCUCAGUGCAUUCCCUCUGGAAGCUACAGACGGUCAGGAUGACAAUGGCCAAACUAAGUAAUGUCAAGAGCGGACUUUUUGCCAAAAGGCAGCACAGGGAAUUGGUACAAUCCCUGUGGCAUUGGCAGAUUCAGCUGAAAGGGGACUUUUGAUGUCAGAUAAAAAAGAAAAUCACGUUUGUCAGUAAGUCCAGUGUUCUCUUAUUCUUUUUUAUUCUGCAAAAUCCAGAAGUUGGAGUCCAUAUGGAUGGAGUUGGAGUUCAUAUGGAUGAAGUUGGAGUCCAUAAGAAUACUUUGAAAGUGGGAAGAAAAUGGUACUGGGGCACGUGCUUGUAUCAGUGUCAAAUACAUGAUCCCUGUUGGACUAACUGACCUGUUCAAGAUCAUUGACAAAAACUAUUURAUUCUUGUUCCUUUGCAUGUUUUUAUUUUCUGUGGAGCAAUUUUUGAACUUUGAGCUGGCUAUGCUUACUGGCGCUGCAUCGUAAAGCGAAUGACCGUCAUGGACCAUUUAUUUCAUGUCUGUCCAGACUACUGUCUCUAGUAAACAUUCUCCCAUUCCUUCCUUUUGUUUUUCUGAUUAAUUAUUAUCUUCAUAGAGACUAUGUUCUGGAUGUGAAAUCUUUGGCCACCAUUGAAGAUGGAUGCCUUCCCCAUUAUCCUUACAACAACAACAACAACCAAGGCAUUGUGCAAGCGGGAAAAAGUGAUGUGACAUCCAACACUGUUACUAAUGGGAAUGAACUGUGAAAAUUGGUACACACUGUCAAAUCUACCUAGAGGACAAAACAGUUGUGUUUGUGUUGCCCAGUUCUUUCAGGAAGUAAAUAUUUAGCAUAACUCUCCUCAAACUGUAAUGACUUCUUCUCCUUCCUUUCAUCUUAGCCUUUUCCUGGGACUCAAAUGURACGUUGACUUAGAGAUAGUCAGACCUGGGGGGGUGAAGGAAGAGCGGCAGUUUAACAUCAAUAAGGCAUUUCACGCCUGGUAAGGUUGAGGUUUUUUGAGGCUCAAGCAAAUACAAACACACACAUAUGGAGAGGAUUUAUCAUAGGCUACAGUAUGAAACAUAACUGAAGAUAUUUUUUCUUUUGCGUAAGGUUGUAAAAGGUGUUAAUCUUCAACCGAUUUAAGCACACCUUUAUCAAAGCACUUUUAUUUAUUUCAAAUGCAAAAAUUACCAGGACCGUAAUAAGAUAACGCCCACUUUAGUAUAUCAUUUUGAAAGCUGGAUUGGGAGAAAUGCCAAUUAUGAAUAUAAUUAUUUUGGCUAGCUAUGUUAAGGUCUGAGAGGAACGUGGAUGUUUUGGUUGCUUCAUCUCUGCAACUUGCAAAACGUAUCUAUACUAAAUCUUCAGACUAAAUAAUUUUGUUCUUCAAACUCUUUCUUGCCAUCAAACAGGUAAUAUGUUAUAUUGCUAUUGUGUCGUAGAAAGUACCCAAUGGGCACACACAACAACAUUGUUUCCACAUCAUUUCAACAAAAUGACAUUGAACCAACAUGGAAUAGACAUUGAAUUGACGUCUGUGCCCAGUGGGUACUGACAAUACUUUGCUGAAAUUCUGCAAAUCCUUUCAAAUUGAAACACCCAAUAUGAAGGACCAUAACAAAUCGGAUCAUCAUUCCAACAUAAAACCAUUUAUCAGAUAUUGUCAUGCACAUAGCACAACUUUUUAUUUUUGAAUGACAAUUGAAUAAGUCAAAGUAACUAGGAAAAGAUUAACACAAUGUCUGGCAGAUGAUUGAGUGAAUGUUGACUUCUUGUGGUUUGUUCUGACAAAGGGGAAUAGAGUUAUGCAUAUUCAGAUAGACGUUGUCUAGACAGGACCAGUCUCAAAUGUUUUGCAGUAGGRUUCCCCUCUCUCCCUCUUUCUCUGGCUGAAAAAUAUUGUAAUUAUGAGUACAAAAGCUGAAAUAAUUCACAAUCAUCAGCUCCCCAAAAGUUCCCUUCUUUUUGUUGUUCUGUACAUUGGCUAAUGUGGGAGCCCUCCCAAAAAGCUUGUGAGCUUGAAGCUUGAAUCUCAGGGCUCAGAGAACCAGUUGGCUUCCACACACUACCCCACACAGCACAGGAUGAAACCAAUUAAGACCAACGUUUUACUUGGUGUUGUUAAGAUAGCUCACCCCAGUAGGUAGAGCUAUGAGAGGACUGUGAGAGCUAUAAUGGCCUCAGCCACAAGGACGUCUCAUCUGCCUCUCUCUCUCGUGCGCAUGGUCUGCUAAUUAGCGUGGUCUGCUAAUUAGCUCUAUCUGCAGGGAAGUCACAGCUAGUUUGUCUGAAAGCUGAGAGCCAGGGACAAUUCAGGAAAGAGAGAAUAGUACCAAAGCCUGUACCCUGACACUGUCCCCUGCUAUGCAACAUCUCUAUGAAUGAGCGAGUGAAUGGAAGAACUGAGAAUGAAAUGAAAUGGGCUUUUGUGGUAUAGAUAGAGGCAGGGAUAGGAACUGGGACUUGCUGGGAUUUGACUUAAAAUGUUCAACCGGGCAUAGCCGCAUGAAGUAGGGGUUGCAGCACCCCCUGAUAAAUCUACAUUUAUCAAGCAUCCUCACUCUAAAACAUCUUCCUGCGGCCAUGCCCCCAGGCCAUAGUUCACAACCAGGGACCGAAAAAGGGAUUGUUUUGAUGUUUUUGGGGGGUUUGAAAGGCAUAAAGUGCUGUUUUUCAUGUAUUUGUUCAUACAGACUUUUGUGCUUAUUUGGAACAGAAUUAUAUACAGUAUUUAAAAAAAACUGGUUGAAUCAUCAUUUCAACCCAAAAAUUCAAUGUGAUGUUGAAUCAACGUCUUUUUCACCCAACUUUUAACCACAAUCAAAUGACAGGGUGGCCUUUUUGGUGGAUUUCAUGUUGAAUUCACGUUAGUUGACAACUCAACCAAAUGAAUAUUAAAACUAGACAUUGAAGUGACUUCUGUGCCCAGUGGGUAUUCAGUUGAAAUGCAUCCUGAAGCGCUAACUGACAUUUAAACACCAAAAGAAAAGAAACUGCUGUGUUUAUUUUGCAAAGUCAAACAAAGCCAAUCCUCCGUUGCCAGAUAUGUGUAUAGACAACAGAAAUAGUUUGUUCUGAAUCCUUUUUUCCUCCCGGUCCCUUUUGAUCAUUGGCAUAAAGCAGUCAGAAUAAAAUAUGUGAUGUCAUUGGCAAUGUUUACAGAUCGCUUUAAGUAAUAGUUAUAGAACGUAUUGUCAGACAGAUGCAUCCUAAUCGCUGAAACAAAUGAUCGCAAGAAUCACAGAUGCGGCUUCAUCUAUGUUUGCUGAAGGCAGGCUGAUUUAUUUUUCAUGGGGAAAAUGUGAUAAAACUACUGUCCAACCCCAUCUAACAGAGCACAGUUUAUUCCACAAUCCCAUUGUUUAUGUACCUGUCAUGCUGUUUAACACAUUGAAUGGAGAGAGAGAGAGAGAGAGAGAGAGAGUGUGAGAAUGUCUGGCUGGUGGUUGAUAUGUCAAAACGAACUCUUCGCCCACCCAGCCAGGGAUGCUACUGCCCUCCAACACACACCAUGUAUUCCUCAACAGCCAGGAUACGUGACGGUAUUACGUUCAUGAGAUUAGAGGUUAGCCUGGAAUGGAAUUGCCAAUGUAUGAUAGUGUUAUGCAUUCCAAUUCCAGGUACCUGCCUCUGUCAUGAAAAUAUGUUCUCUCUUAACCAAAAUGAUUUACCCUGGAAUUCCAAAGCCAGUUGGUUCUCUGUUAUAAUGUUACAAGAACCCUGUUCUAAAUCACAGCUACCAGAUUUCCGAGAAUUGUAUUCCAAACACUGAAUGUAAUUCUAUUCUGAACACAUAUUCCAGUUAUCAUAACCAAUAACCAGAUGCUAUUGAAAACUUUUUCAAUCAAAUGCAGUAUUUCAGUAUUUUGUAGAAAAUGGACUAUACAGCUAUUUUCCUUCCUUUUCCAGGAAACAGGAAUAUUUUAGUUCAAAUAUUUUCAUGUAUACAUGUGCAUGGUCAGACUCCGAUUUUGAAAUUCUGAAUUUGCAGUUUGUAGUUUCUUGAGGCAGCCGUCAUCAUUACUAUUAUUAUUAUCAUUCUGUAUACAGUAGAUGUCUCUCAAAGUGUGUCGUAGUCAUCAUACUUCUUUAAUAUAAUACUGACAUUGAAAAUGGCUCCAGUAUACAGUACACAGACAGCUUCAUAAUGAAUYCCAGUUAUUUGCACAUAUGCUAUUAGUGUAGUCAGCUGUCAUACCACUGACUGUCAGCAACAUCAGUGUAGUCAAAUGUUCUCUUGUUUUUCUUUGUCAUUACCAAAGUAGUUGUGGUCACGAACAUCCUCCAAAGACACAAGUGCAGCUAUCUAGUCGAUAGGCUGUUCUUAUUUCUUGCCCUAUCUCUUUAUUUCAAUAAGAAAUUCUGCUGCUGCCCUUUCUCUUUUUUUGAUUGUUGAUUUUGGCUUGAUUUGUUUCCUUAAUUGUGCAGAGGGGUCUUGACCGAUUUCUCUCGAUGCAGUUAUAGUUACUAUAACAACGAUGUAUGUAAGUGUUCUUUCUCGGGUAUUUACAAUGUGUUCGUCUUUUGUUGUGAAGGUGUAAGAACCAAAAACAUUUGUAUUUAUUUAACUGUCUAAGGCACACAGAUUUKUAUAUUUAUCACAUUAUUUAAAGGGUACAGCUUUUAUUGAAGGACACAGGCCCACAUUACCUAUAAUAUAGAUUGAUAAAUAAAUCGAAUUAUGUCCACAAUGUGUCUACUUAAGAUUUUGUGAUGAAAGGUGCGAUACGUAGUUUGAUGUGAUUUUUUUCACUUUUGUUGUUAUGUUUGAUAAUGUUGCAAUUAUCUUUCUUUCCUCUUUCAAAGUCCAAUAAGGAAAAAUUGUAUUUAUUAUGUUUAUGACUCUACUUGUUCAAUGUUGGAAAGCGUUGAGGAAUUGUACAUAGUUUGUAAAAAA